AAAUUAUUUUCACAUCAUUCUAACGUCGUCUCACAUGAUACUAACGUGGAGCUGAUAGUUAUAUAACAUCUUUAAUUAUGUAUAUUUUAAUUAGUGCGUAUUAGUUACUAUUUUUAUGAACCCAUAGAUUUCACAAAGAAAAUGCUAUAUACAAUUUUUCUUGCACUAUUUUUAAUUCAAAUUUAUUAAAAUUUAUUUUUUAUUUUUUAGUUGCAUUUUCUAUAAAAGAGUAUUUUGUUUGUUGUUUUAAACUAUUAUUUAUUUUUAAUUUUUUAGUUGAAUUUCAAUUUUUUCAAAUAUCUUUUUCUAUUUUUUUUUAAUAUUGAGUAGUCAUCGGUCCUUAAUAAGUAUACUAAAUUUCGAGUUAAUCAGACUUUUUGAAGGGGGUCAAAAUCAUGUUCAAAGAUUCCUUUACAUACUAACAUACGUACGUCUGAAGCUAAUAAAAGCGUAUUAAUUAAGCAAACAACUGGAUAAAACAUAUUUACAACGAACAUCAAGAGUUAGAAUGAAUAGUUUUAACAAUAAUGACAUUUGACUUUUCGAUAAUAACGAUUGAUAAUAAUAGCGUUUUAUCGCGUCUUAUAUAAAGGUAUCUGUGUGAUUGUCUUAACAUUUCUGCAAUGUAUCUUGGCUACACAGCCAUGGGUUCUACAGAAGGGAUUGCGUUGUUGAUGUGUGUGGUGCUGGCCGUCAGCGCCAAUAGUAUCGUGGAUAAAGAAGUCACCGACAGCACCGCAGCCGCUUCGACUGAUGAAUCGACUAGUGUUACCAGCACAGUAAGCUCUGAAAUCAUUGAAGCUGCUGCAAGCUUCGGAAACGUCACUAAUGGUCAGUCACCUCCCAUAAGCGUGGUCAUUAAGCGCUUAGAAAAUGAACUCUACAACUUGGUUGUAUCAAAAGAUUACGAUAAAGCCGCAGAGAGGACCAAGGUUUUGUACAAAGCAGGCUGGGACAGGAUCAUUAAGAAGGUCGUUGACAUUCUCAUCGAUGAAGGUAGAACUGAAAUCUUCGAUUACGCAUACAGGUUGUAUGUUGCCAAGGGCAGACUCGCCCUUCGGAGCUGCUUCCCUGUAGAGGUCCGACUUUCCGAGUCUACAGUGUUCGUGAAACUGAUUAAUAAGAGGGACGGCUACGCUGCCUUGUUAGAUGAUAAUGCGGACUUCCAUGAUGACCACAGACUCUUAGCUCAUCGGAACACCACGACCAGAUUCGAGGUUACGUGGAAGUUCGUUUCUUUUUGGACGGGAGACAAGCUUUAUUUCAAACUGCGACCUAUCAAUGAAGCUUUGUUUUUAAAACUAGGAACCCGUAAAGAUGAAGACGGUGACCGCACUGCUUACGGAUCUCCCGCCCAAGACACGAACAGACACUUGUGGUAUGUGAAACCAGUAAGGUAUAAUGGUGAGCUUCUCGUCUAUAUCAUUAACCGAGAAUACGAUAUGCUUCUUAAGCUCGGACAAUCAACCAAAUACGACGGCUAUCGCAUAGGCUAUGGACACUCGACGAUGGAUUUCACCCCAGACAUAUUUGCUUGGCACGUUGAAGUGCUAUAAAUGUAAUUAAAGACUUAAGUUGAAUUAGUCCACAAUCGGAUCAAAUAAACUUAGCUACAAAUAA